UCGCUAGAUGGCGUCAGAAGGGAACGACGCACAAGAUCCGGGAGUCUCCUGCAAACUGUGCCUGCUGUGUCACAUGGAAGCUCGGUAGCCCAGAGGACGCGACGCGAGUGAUGAUGAUGGCGGGGGCUUGAGGGACGUCGGAGGCGAAUGCGCGUGGAGAUUCUGUAGCUCUGCCCAGGCGAUCCCCACCCACUCUUUACCUACCCCAACACCAACUGGCUGUGAAGCAAGAGCCCGCUGUUACCGGGGUCAGCGGGCAACACAAAAAACGAUGCCAAAUGCAAUGCGGUGCAUUGGUGCUGCGUGAAGAGGCAACGGCCACGGAGGGAUGCUCGUUGCGUCGCAUGCACCUUGAUCGAUUAUGCUGGCUGGAGGGCGGUUGCUGGUCCGACGAGCUGAAUCCAAAGGACGGGCUCAUGGUGCGCUUUUACGAACCUCGGAGCUGAAUCCCCGAGAGAGCGUGGCCCUUGCCUGUGUGCAUGAGCGUGAGGCCGAGAGUGUGAGUGUGAGCGCGUGUGAGAACAAGUGAGCGCCAGCGCUCCCACAUGGCCUCCAUGCAGGACGGGCUGAACUUCACGGCUCCUCCCUAUGGCAAGGUCCUGCUGCUGGGUGCCAUCGCUGCCGCCUCAGCCUUCGUAGUCACUAUCCUCAUCGUGGUACUCUGCGUGGGCUGCCAGAGGAAGGGAAAGGCACACAAUGUCCCCAGUGAAGGUGGGAAACACCGUCUCAUGGACAUGGGUAUACUCAGGCAGUCCAAGCUACGGUCCAUCAGUAAAUCAGACACCGAGAUGAACAAGAUGAACUGCAAUGGCAAAAGCAGGCAGCUUCCCCAGAUUCCCUCUGGGACUGGAGAGGACGGAGAGCACACUUACUCAGAAGUGGGCCGAAGCUCCUCCGCCACGCGAACUGACGACGCGCUCUAUGCCAUGGUAGGCAGGGCAGGUCAGACGGACACUCCGGCCCCUCCGGCCGUCCCUGCCAACACCCCGGCGCCGCCCGACCCGGACGGGGACGUGGAAGGGGGCCUGCCUGAACCCGAAGCCCAGGUGGUGUCCGCGCCUCACCCCCAAGAGACGGCGGAGUACGCCUGCGUCAGGAAGCUGAGGAGAGCGGACAAGGCGCCCCAGAAGAGGGACAGCGGGACGGACACGGGGGACCCGCCGGUGCCUCCGCCACCGCAACACCCCCCGCCUUCUCACCCUGCCCCUCCGCCGCCACAUCCUCACAGCACAAAGUUGCCCCGGAGGAACAUGGAUGCCUUUAAUGUGCCGUCAUUCCCCAAGGAAGUGAUGUUUAUGGGAAAUGGAGAGCAGUACAUUUGGAAGCCUCCAGAGGAUGAAGAUGUCCUCAUGCUCCACAAUAAGGCCCUGGUACCUCUGGGGGCGCACACCAUGGAGAACAUCCAACCAUCUGCUGCAGUGGUGGCUGAGAUGUAUUCCAAGGUGUGUAAGCCGGCCAAGAAGAAACGAGCCGUACCCGGAUCGCCGCCGUCCAAUCCCGGCUUCAGGACCUUGGGUCGCCCCGACCGGGACCGGGAACGCGACGGGGGAUUUAGCGUAGUGGUCAAGCCCCAGACGUGGGCCCCUCAGGAGGGCAAAGUGCCCGUGGGCUCCCUGGACGACCACUGCUACGAGUCCUUCGGGACAGAGGAGUGCGAGCCGGCCUACGAGAACCUGGAAGGCGGAGUCGGUUGGAGGCGAGAGCGAGCGCCCAACACGUGCGCCACCUUGCGGCCCAGGAGGAAGAAGGCGCAGCAGCCUUUGCAGCAGCAGCAACCGCCUCCUCCGCCACCCACGCAGCACAACCCCAAAUUACAGCACCUGCCCGCCAAAGCCCUGCUGCUGCCCGGGGAAAGCCUGUACGAGAGCAUCGGUGACGUCAAGCAGGGCGCCACCACCUCCAGCACCACCACCAUCUUCACCUUCAACGACGGCAUGGAGAUGUACGUCACGGGGCUCUGAGGAGGAGCGGGCUGCCGCGCCGGCCCCUUUCCGUCGAGGGGCCGCCAACGCCGGUCUUUCCCAACCUUUAUUCAUCCAAGGCAUCUUUGACAUUAGGGGCUUUAUUUCGAUAGACGGUACAGAUUCAGAUUAUCCUUUCCUCCUUGAGUUGUGAAAUCCCCUAUUUAAUUGCGCUCCUUUUUUCCUUAUUUUCAUUUAUUUGACCACAUGCCUCCCACUCAUUCAUAUAUUUUUUGAUAAAAAAAAUUGAGAGAAUAAACUUUCAAAACACAUUAUUUGCAGUAAAUUAUUUUUUUUCAGAGCGAUAAAGUGCAAUUGUAUCACUCAUAUGUCGUGACAUAGAGGUUGGGAAUCGCUGGCCUAUACCACAAGUAUUGACGGUUGAGUUCCUAUCGUGCCCUGUCCCUCUCCCCGACACACACACAGACAUUACACGACAAACACAUGCUGUUUACAUUACGUCAUGCCUUUCCUGGGCUCCAGCGGCCUUAAAUACCAAGGUUUAUAUGUUACGGCCGAGGCUUAGUCCAAACUGGAAAGCUUCGAAGGAAUCCAAAGGUUGUGAGCACAAAAGCAUUGCAGAGCAAUCAGUAGGUACCAGUAGCACUCGUUCAUCCGUAGACGACAAGUGUGUAAAGCACAUGGAAGAGCGAAACUGAAAUUCUUCCUAAUUUCUAGCGGGUAACAGUCCUUGAUGGGCCGGAGAAAUAAUAAUUUAAAAAAAAAAAAAAGCACAGCCUUGAGAAAUA